CGCUAUACAAAUAAAAAUGAAUUGAAUUGAAUUGAAUUUUACUCCGCCACAGCAAAUUUAUAGUUCAGUCGAACGAUGCAGCCCUAUAUGAGUUUAAUGGUGCACUUCGACGACUGGACUCUGCGUGGCGUCUGCCUCCAAACGGCGUACUUUUCUGACGACCACAAAGGGGAAAUAAUUGGCCAGGGGCUAAAAGAUGCUCUGAGCUCUUGGAACCUCGUUGAAGACCGACUAACCUGUAUGACUACAGACAGCGGCACCAACAUGAUCAAAGCUCUGAAUGACAACGAGUGGCCCAACCUCCAGUGCUUUGGACGCAGAUUGCACAAUGCUAUAGUCUCCUACAGCCAGAGGAGGAAGACACAGAGCUCACUAAAACAAUAAAAAGAAACAUGAUGCAGUACCUUGACGACAAAUACAGCGACCCUGUGAAGGAUGAACUCUUGGACCUUGUCCUCACUGAGGGCCCAAGGUUCCGCACAACCUACAUUGACCAGGACAAAGUGGGACAAGUCAAAAAAAGGGCUGUCGCUAAGGCUGAGCUCAUGUCUCUACCUGCUACUGCCAACAGCAGUACACCACAGCAGCCUGGCCCAGCAGUGCAGGUGCGCCAAGUAGAAGCACAGCCUCCACCCAAGAAAAAGAUGACUUUAGCAGCCUUCUUCAAAAAGAAUACACCAGUGGCAUCUCCCCACCAGUUAGAGGCAGUAAAGAUAGAGACUGAGUUGACGACUUACUUAUUUACCCCUGAGGUAGACCCAGACACAGAUCCCCUUGAGUGGUGGAAGCGCCACCAACCGAAUUUUCCAAAACUAAGUAGACUGGCAAAAAAAAACCUCUCUGUCCCAGCAACGAGUGCCCCCUUUAGAGAGAGUUUUUAGUGUGGGGGUGGCAUUGUUACAUGCCAACGUGCAUGCCUCAAGCCAGAGUUAGUAGACAGGCUUGUAUUCCUAGCUAAGAAUGUUUAAAAGAAAAAAAAGUAUGUUCAAACUGCAAAACAAAUAUGCACCUUGUGCUAUCAUGCACUGAUAUUUAAUGCUGUUGAAUGUUUUGUUUGCACUUUGUUAAAACUACCUCCGAUCUUCUGAAUAGCAAGAUGUUAAACUUGUGCUUAAAGAAAACUUAAUUUUUGUAUGAUGACAA